AGAACCAAAGAGAAACCAGCCUGAGGAAAGGGCCGGGACGCAGAGAGCCUCUCUAGCCUUUCCCAGUCCCUGCUCUCUAUAUUCUUCAGGGAGAACGAGAGACAUGCUUGGGGUUAGCCGGAGGAGUCGCGUGGUGACUCUCUGGCCUCAUGCCGACUUUUCGGUGGCUCGAGGAGGACCCGGUGGGCUGUGUGUUGGAGGUGAGGCUUGUCCGGGCCUGAAGAAAAAGCUAGUCUCACACUUCCGGUACUUCCUUAAAUUCACGGCUGCCUUUUCCUUAUGCUCAAUUUACUAGACGGAACUGAAAUCAGGAAGUCCUACUAGGUCUCUCACCCGAGACUUUCUUGCUGCGAUUCAACCGGUUUUUUCAAUAUUUUGUGUUCAGCUUUUUCCCUGCCCUUAGAUGACCUCUUCCCGGAUCUCUCCUUUGUUUUCUUCCUUAGAGACGGCUUGUUUUUCUUUCCUACACCAGACUGGUUGAACUGGCCCAAUAUUUUCAAUGUGCAUAUUGAUGUGCAGAGAAGGCACGCAGAGCUCCCGGGCUGGAAAAGGGAUAGUAACAAGCUCCAGAGAGAAUGAAAUAGAAACCAUGACGGUGGUUGGAGGUGUGGAGGCCUGAGGGUGAGAAGGAAAAAUGGUGAAGGAGAGACAAAGAUACAAAACUGAACAGUUAGCACCUAGCCAGAUAGUAAGCUAGUUCUAGUGCCAGCUCUGCCCAUUCCCAACCCCCUUCAGUCAAGGUUUCACAGAGUUGCCCAACCUGGCUUCGAAUCACUCUUCCUGCUUCAGCCUCCGAAGUAGCUGGGAUCACAGUCUUUGAACACUUGGCCGGCUCUGCCAUUUAAAAUUGUGAUCUUGGAGGCUGGACCAGGAGCUGACCACAAACCAAGAGUCUAGGAGCGCUUGAGACUGAACCAAGGUCAUGGCCCCACCACCACCACUGCCAGUGGCCGCCAGCACUCCAAUCCUGCACGGCGAGUUUGGUUCCUACCCGGCCCAUGGCCCACGAUUUGCCCUCACCCUCACGACACAAGCCCUACACAUACAGCGACUGCGCCCAAAGCCAGAAGCUCGGCCCCGAGAUGGUCUAGUCCCUCUGGACGAGGUCUCAGGCUGUGGCACUCUGCAGAGCCGUAGCCCUGACGACACUGCUGCUUACUUCUGUAUCUACACCUAUCCACGGGGCCGGCGUGGGGGCCGGCGCAGAGCUACUCGUACCUUCCGGGCUGAUGGGGCCGCCACUUACGUGGAGAAUCGUGCAGAGGCCCAGCGUUGGGCAACUGCCUUCACGUGUCUCCUCCGAGGAGUGCCUCUGUCUGGAGACCAGGAAAUCACCCCUGAAUUGCUGCCCCGGAAGCCCAGGCUGCUCCUAUUGGUCAACCCUUUUGGAGGGCGGGGCCUGGCCUGGCAGCGCUGUAUGGACCACGUGGUGCCCAUGAUCUCUGAAGCUGGGCUGUCCUUCAACCUCAUACAGACAGAACGACAGAACCAUGCUCGUGAGCUGGUGCAGGGGUUGAGCCUGAGUGAGUGGGAAGGCAUUGUCACUGUGUCUGGAGAUGGGCUGCUUUAUGAGGUGCUGAAUGGGCUCCUUGAUCGCCCAGAUUGGGAAGACGCCGUGCGGAUGCCCAUUGGUGUCCUCCCCUGUGGUUCAGGCAAUGCACUAGCUGGGGCAGUUAACCGUCAUGGCGGGUUUGAACAGGCUGUCGGUGUUGACCUGUUGCUCAACUGCUCGCUUCUUCUCUGCCGGGGUGGCAGCCAUCCUCUGGACCUGCUCUCUGUGACGCUAGCCUCAGGAUCCCGCUGUUUUUCCUUUCUGUCAGUGGCCUGGGGAUUCUUGUCAGACGUGGACAUUCACAGUGAGCGCUUUAGAGCCCUGGGUAGCGCUCGAUUCACACUGGGUGCAGUGCUAGGCCUGGCCACGUUGCAUACCUACCGUGGACGCCUCUCCUACCUCCCCGCUACCACAGAACCAGCCCUGCCCAUCCCAGGCCACAGUCUGCCGCGAGCCAAGUCAGAACUAGCCUUGGCUCCAGCUCCAGCCCCAACCACCACCCACUCACCUCUACAUCGGUCUGUGUCUGACCUGCCCUUGCCCCUUCCCCAGCCUGCCUUGGCAUCCCCUGGCUCCCCUGAGCCCCUGCCUGACCUGUCUCUCAAUGGUGGUGGUCCAGAGCUGACUGGAGACUGGGGGGGAGCUGGGGAUGCACCUCUGUCCCCAGACCCACUGCUGCCUUCAUCCCCCAACGCUCUCAAAACAGCUCAGCUUUCACCCAUCGCUGAAGGGCCCCCAGAAAUGCCAGCCUCCUCGGGGUUCCUGCCUCCCACCCACAACGCUCCAGAAGCCUCUACCUGGGGCCCCGUGGACCACCUGCUCCCUCCCCUGGGCUCUCCACUGCCCCAAGACUGGGUGACAAUAGAGGGGGAGUUUGUACUCAUGUUGGCCAUCUUGCCAAGCCAUCUCUGCGCAGACCUGAUGGCAGCCCCACAUGCGCGCUUUGAUGAUGGCGUGGUGCACCUGUGUUGGGUGCGGAGUGGCAUCUCACGGGCUGCACUUCUACGAAUUUUGCUGGCCAUGGAGCAUGGAAACCACUUCAGCCUGGGUUGCCCACAUCUGGGCUAUGCUGCAGCACGUGCCUUUCGCCUUGAGCCACUCACGCCUCGUGGCUUGCUCACUGUAGAUGGGGAGUUAGUGGAGUACGGGCCAAUACAGGCGCAGGUGCAUCCAAGUCUCGCCACACUGCUCACUGGGCCUGCAGGUCAAAAGCUGCAAGCCUGAACGAGCCCAAAGCAUUUUGAGUUAGUGGAACCAGAGCCCCAUAAGCUAAGAUCUAUUACAGGUAGAAGUAGGGCCCACACUCAGAACUGGAAGGGUGAAGAGUGGUCCUGACCCUCAGUUCCCAGAGGACCUAGAGGCUUGAGGGUGGGGCCUGCCUUUCUUGAUGUCCCAUGAUGGGGCCUGGAAUGUAUGAGCUAGCAAGGCUUCUUCAGCUUAUUGUCCAGCCAGGGUUUCUUCUUGCCUAUUCCGGUGCCUCUAUUUGACUGGCCAAUCAGCCCUUGAGGGGCAGGUUCCCCCGGGUGGUCCCCAGAUUUGCACUAAUGUUCCUCCCCUGGCCAGUUAGGGGUGGGAUGUUCUGUGUCUUGUGCGUCCCUGUCCCUAGUCUAAAAAGCAAUUGAAAAGGUCUAUGCAAUAAAGGUGUUGCUUUCCUCUAGACCUUCACCCUUCCA